AUGGUGGAGCAAGAAGACACACACCAUGUCCGUAAAUAUUUAUACAUUUCAACUACAAGAAUUUUUUGUUCUUUUUUUGUCACAUUGUACAAUUCUUAAGUAAUCAAGAAAAUUAUUAAAUUAAAUUCAUGAUAUUGAUAAAAUUUAUUUGCAGAGGAUAUUGAACUUCAAAAAUCAGCAGUUAUACCAGUUAAAAUGACCAAUAAAAAGGGAAAUAUCUCAGAAAAAUCAAGGGAAGAAAUAAAAGCAGAGCGAGAAGCGAAAAAAGCAGCUAAAGCUCAUGCUAAAGCAAAAGCUAAGUCCACUAAAAUAUCAGACAAAGAUCCUUCAAACAAUAAUAAAUCUACAUCUUCCAAUAGUAUUAAGAAUAGAACGAGCAAUGAUACACCAGAGACUGUGACUAACAAAAAUGUUGAAUCUUCUAAUAAAAUAUCAGUAAUCACUAAGACUUCAAAUACAUGUGAAAAAGAUGGAGAGGUAGUACCAGAAAUUAGUAACGAAGGGAAGAGCAAAGCAGAAUUGCGAGCUGAGAGGAGAGCUAAGCAAGAAGCACAAAGAGCAGCUAAGCAACAAAUUUUAUCAGAAAAAAAUAAGAAUAAAGAAGAAGAUAAUAAUAAUAAUAAUAGUAAUAAUAAUAAUAAACCUGCAACACAUACUAUUACUGUAAUAGAUACAGUUAAGAAAGUAUCACCAAAAAAGAUUCAAAAAAUUAACAUUCACGAAAUAAAUUUGUUUAAACACUUAUAUCAUGAAAGGGAACAGGCUAUUGUUAAUGUUCCGUUUGUAAAUUCAAAUAUACAUCCAGCAAUAAUUAGAUUAGGUGCACAAUAUGCAAGUAAAAUAAUUGUAGGUAGCAAUGCAAGAUGUGUUGCCUUUUUAGCUGGUGUUAAACAACUUAUUCAGGAUUUCGAAAGACCGCCACAAGCUGACUUUAUCCGAGGUUUCGAAGCAAAUUUGCAAGAAUCUGUAGCCUAUUUGCAUCAUUGUAGGCCAUUGGCUGUUUCAAUGUACAAUGCAUUGAAGCAUUUAAAAUGGCAAAUGACACAGUUUUCUUCUUCUUUGUCCGAUGUGGAUGUAAAGAAUAAAUUAAGUAAUGCAAUAGACACUUAUAUCCGGGAGCAAAUAGAACUUGCCGAUAAGGCAAUAUCAAUAACUAUUCAAACUAAAAUAUCUAAUGGAGAUGUUAUCCUAACUUAUGGCUAUUCAUCUUUGAUACAUAAAAUACUAUUAGAUGCGCACACUGCAGCUAAAGAAUUUCGUGUUAUUGUUGUCGAUGGAAGACCAUGGCUGGAAGGGAAAGAACAACUUAAGCGUUUAGCAAAGCACGGAAUUGAAUGCUCUUACAUUUUAAUUAAUGCUUUAAGUUAUAUAAUGCCUGAAGUAAACAAAGUGUUUCUUGGUGCCCAUGCAAUAUUAGCGAAUGGUUCGGUAAUGUCAAGAGUUGGUACUGCUCAAGUUGCCUUAAUGGCCAGAGCCUUUAAUAUUCCAGUCUUAGUAGCUUGCGAGACCCAUAAAUCUUGCGAACGCGUACAAACAGAUUCUAUUGUUUAUAAUGAAUUAGGAAAUGCAGAUGAGCUUGCACAAGAUUAUCGUAACGGUGCGCAAAAAUCGUUAUUAAUGAAAUGGAGAACAAAAAGAUUGUUGAGUCUUUUAAAUAUCGUAUAUGACUUUACACCAGCCAAUUUAGUGACAGCUGUUGUUACAGAAUUAGCCAUUUUACCGUGCACUAGCGUUCCUGUUAUUUUACGUAUCAAACCAUCAGAGAUAUAAAUUUCAUUGUGCCGAAAUAUAUGUUUCGAUUAUUUCACAUAACAUUUAAGCAUCAAUAUGAUAACGUGUGUUUAUCAUGUUCUGCACCUGUAUAUAUAAAUUAGAUUUUAGCUAAAAUUACAAAUUAUAACGCUCCAACAACGGGGAAAUAUAUGGCAACCUCCUUUUUUACUUAUGUCUACGAAAUAAUAUUUUACGUAUUACUAUUGUAUAUUAUGUUGUGUACUUUAGAAUAAAUUUCUGCAACAUUAAUUAGAUAAUUAUAUUUUAAUAAUAUCAAUAUUAUAUUACAUCAGUGGUAGGAUUUUUUUUUUGUUAUUUCAAAAUUUAUUAUUUCAAAAUUAAAAUAAGAAAUAAAAAUUAUUUCACUUAAUAAUUUGGCAAUGGAAGGAAGUCUUCCGGAACGGUAGAAAAAUGAAGAAACUAGUUUUCUCUCUCAUUGUGCUAUUUUGUUUGUUAUUAUGCAUUUUUAUAUUUAUUUGUUUUAUUUAAGAUUAUAUUAAGUAUAUUCAAAACAAUUUAUCAGAUUCACAUUCUUUUCACAGCAUUUUUAGUAUUUGCUUAUGUAACCAAGUUUCGUAAGUUUGCCGGCAAUUAUUCACAGUAUUUUUCUAGAACGAAGGUAGACAAUGAUAGAUUGUUUCGUAUAUAAUUAAAAAGUGUAACAAAAAGCAAUAUCUUGCUAUAAAUUGUAAUUAUUAUGUUUUGUAAUUAUGAAAAUCAGUGGCAUCCAGGAUACAGCCUUUAUGUUUUAAAUGAAUAAAAAUUAUAUUAAUUAUAUUGUUGAAUGGGAUAACCUUACUUCAAAAAUCUCAAUUGUUUUCUUUCUUUUUCAUUGUAAAUAAACGUAAAUUGAAAUGUUUAGACAAACAAAUUUUAUGAUAAAACAAUUCGGAAAAUUAAUUUCACCUAUUACAACUGAAUCAAAAAUUCAUAACGUAUUGGUUACAAAUUUAAAACUUGAUGGGAAUGCUAUCAAAAUACUUCACAAAAAUAAGAUGGAUAGCAAACUUAGGAAAAUACCAGAAGAACAAAUUAUUCGGAAUUGUAUAAUAUUACAGAAUAUGAAUAUAAAAUUAGAUAAAGUGGAGUUGUUGACACGCUGUCUAAAGCUUCAGCCUAAAAUCUUAAGAAAUAGAAUUCUUAUACUCAAAGAAAUGGGUGUGAAAUCAAUAAAUUUACAUAAUAUUGACAAAUUUUUAUUGUUGAUGACAAAAUCUACGACAUACUUUAAGAAAUUAUUUGAUAUUCCACGUAGUAAAAAUAUGACUAAGGUCAUACUUUCCAAUAUAGAUGUAACAUAUAAGACUGAUAGAUUUGUAAAUAAAACGGAAGGUCGUACUACAGUUGGCUAUUAUUAUCAAUUAUGCAUUGUAUAUCAUCAAAUACAUCAUAUGAAACUACCUAAAAAAUUGUUUUAUAAAAGAAAAAAAUUAAAAUAUGUAAGUGUUACUGAAAUGACCAGAUUGCUAGAUGUACUGAAAAAUAAAUGUCAGCUUGAUGAAAAAUUUCUAGAAAAACAUUUUUAUCUUUUAAAUGUAGAUAUUGACAGUAUUGAAGAAAUUUUGAAUGAACUUAAUACCAAAUUAGGUGACAAAAAUGUAAUUGAUUUCAUAAAAACAUUUCCUCGAAUUUUGUUAUAUGAUAUAAACAAAAUAAAAAAUACAUUACAACUUUAUCAAAACUUUGAUAUACAAAAUCAGUCGUUUAGUUCUGUCUCACAAGGUUUUAAAAUUAACAAAGAUACCUUUGUAGAAAGAUAUACGAAUAUUGCAAAUAGCUUGGAAUUAAGUAUGUGGUUGAAACAUCCACGAUUGGUGUAUAUGAUUUAUUAUUACAAAUCAGUCAUGGAUCGUUUAACUUAUAUGAAACAUUUAAAUUGUUUAAAUAAUGCAAAUAUUCAUACAUACUUGUCAACUAAAGAUUUUUUUUCAAGGUAUAUAGAAGGUAAUAUACCUUAUACAGUUGUAAGAAGACAUAUGUCAUAUAUUUUGGAAAAAGAAUUUGGCGAUAAUAAAAUUCAUUUACUAUCUUCUAUUAAAAAACAUCCUUUUUGGAAAUCCGUUUCACUCCUACGCAUAAAUAGAACUAUAAAAUAUUUAAAGAAAUAUUUUUCAAUAGAGGAUAUAUGUAAAAAUAUUCAAAUUGUACUUUAUCCAAGGUUGCUGAUUGAUAAUACAUUAAACUUAUUGUAUAAAGAAUAUUCUCUACAAAAUGGAUAUAAUUUUACUUCUACUCAAUAUUUAGCAUUAUGCCUAUACAAAUUAGAACAAAAAUAUCAUUUUAGUGGCGAUGGAGUUUGGCAAGUCGAAAUGUCAGUUUUCAAAUCAAAUCUUUUUGAGGAUGUACAUGAAUUUGAUAACCUUAUUGAACGUAUGAAUGACGAUGAAAAUGAAGUAAUGAAUUUAAGUGGAAAAGCGUGGUUUGAACAUUUAUUACAAUAACAUUAAGUACAUGUAUAGAACAACAUGUAAAAAGUAGGAUUUAUAAAGUGUAGGAGUCAAAAUUAAAUAUUUUUAGAAAUAUAUAUGAUAUUUCGCAUGUUUUCGGAAUGACACAUAUUAAUAGACAAAAUUUAAAAAUUUAUUUUUAUCAGUUAGCAAUUUUAUACACAACAGUAGUAUGAACAUUUUACAAGAUCACCGACAUUUUCUUAAACAGCAUUAUAUUUUUGAAUCUAAAAUACAUUUAAAUUAAAUUAUAAUUUAUUUUCUAAAAUCUAAAGAUUUUG